ACUAGAGCGGAGCCUUCCGCGCCAUCUCUGUGCGCCUGCGUACUGUGACCCUGCGCGGCCUGCGAGGCGGGCCUUAGCUCCAGGGUAUCUUCCCUAGUGGCUUAUGUCCCUUGUCCGGGGUCAUGGAGACAUUGUGGCCACCACGGCGGCGCCUCUGUCUGAAGAAGGGGAAGUGACCUCUGGCCUCCAAGCUCUGGCGGUGGGAGAUACCGGAGGCCCUCCGGCUUCGGCCAAUAAAGCCGAGGAAGAGGGGGAAGGAGUCCGGGAGGAGGCCGAGCCAGAGGGGUCUGGGAUCGAGGAGGUGCAGGGAGAAGCCCCCAGCGCUGAGGGGGAAGAGCAUGCCAAGGGAGAAUCCGAGGACUGGUGCGUGCCCUGCAGCGAUGAGGAGGUGGAGUUGCCCGCGGAUGGGCAGUCCUGGAUGCCGCCCCCCUCCGAAAUCCAGCGGCUCUAUGAACUGCUGGCUGCCCAAGGUACCCUGGAGCUUCAGGCUGAGAUCCUGCCCCGCCGGCCACCCACGCCCGAGGCUCAGAGUGAAGAGGAGAGAUCCGAUGAGGAGCCAGAGGCCAAAGAGGAGGAAGAAGAAAAACCGCACAUACCCACAGAAUUUGACUUUGAUGAUGAGCCAAUGACACCAAAGGACUCCCUGAUUGAUCGGAGACGCACCCCAGGAAGCUCAGCCCGGAGCCAGAAACGGGAAGCCCGCCUGGACAAAGUUCUCUCAGACAUGAAGCGACACAAGAAGCUGGAGGAGCAGAUCCUUCGUACUGGCAGGGACCUGUUCAGCCUGGACUCAGAGGACCCAAGCCCCACCAGCCCCCCACUACGGUCCUCAGGGAGUAGUCUCUUCCCCCGGCAGCGGAAAUACUGACUGGUGCUGCCAUAGGGUACAGUGUGUGUGCCUGCUGGGGCCUCGGCCUUCCUUCCCUAACCCUGGGUGCUGGGAAACUUAGGAUGAAGAGAGAAACUCCAAGCUCUCAACACAGCACCCUGCCAGAAAGAGGACACGUGUGUGUUUAUGUUUUCUGUUGAACAUCUGUUUGGAGACCUGGGUUGAAAUUUCUGAAUUGAAAAUAAAAAAUACAAAGUUAUCUUCUCUUAGAGGAGGGGCUGUAGC